AACUCAGACAUAUUGACUGCUUUUUUGUGUGUGGUUUUUUUGGUGGCAUUUUAUUUACAAUAACGAUGUUACGGAGAGGGCAGGCGAUGCUGCCUUUCUUCUUAUUGGCCUGGGUCUUGAGGCUCACACAAGCUCUUGCUUCAGCUCAUGAUCGCCUGCAGGAUGAAGCGGCUGCAAAUUCCAUGUCAGGGACAGGAAACUUGGAUCGUGGAGGGAACUUGAGCUUGCCUGCUGAUUUAGCCAUUCCUUAUGCUGAGGAUGUUUUUUCUAAACCAGAUAACUUUUCACCAAAUGGAAAAAGUGAACUUUUUGAGGUUGCUGGGUAUUCUGCAGAUCAACAGAGGCAGUCUCUUGAUCAUGUGUUUUCUGAGUCUGAUGCUGCAAACCAUGGACUUUUUGAUUUCAGCCAGCAUUCUAGGUAUGAUGAGGAUGCACUUGAACAGCCUGUCUCUUCCAAUCUGUAUAGUGAUCACUUCAAUUCUGAUUUGACCAAGAACUCUGUCCCUUUUGUUGCUGAUGAGUACCAUAUGGCUUCAGAAUCUGAAGGCGAUGUGGAACAUGUACUCUUUACUGAUCAGAGUAAUGACCGUGAUGCGGACUUCCCUCAAGUCUUUGCAUAUGCUGAUUUGGCUACUUCCGAUAAAGAAAAUGUGUCUAAUAUUGCUACCCUUCUAGAAGAUAAUGAUUCUGUUAUUAAUCUUGCCGCAGACGUGGGUAUAGGUGAACUUGGCAAAGAGUUUGAUUCUUCUGACAACUAUAAAUCUGGUACCUAUUCUGAAACCCUAGGCUAUGAGUCUGUUGCCUUUGCAGAUCUUGAAAAGAAAGGCACUGAUACUUUGCGUCCUGAUGUGCAUUCCUAUCAUCGUGAGGACCUAGUUACUGGUGACCUUGCUGGAAUGCCCGUUUCUUCUUUUGACCGCUCUGUACUUACCGAUAUAAAUCUGGAGUUGCAUAAAGCUCUUUCUCCAGCUUUUAAAAUUGCCAGUGCACGCAACUCUCCUGUUCUCUCUGAAGGUGACGGGUUGCCAAGCAGCAUCUAUGAUGCCUCUGUAGGGCUCUAUGGUGUAUUUAAUCUACCUAUUACCCCAGAAAACCCUCCUCCCCAUAGCACAGGAGAGCCAUCCACCCUGGCUUCCGCAACUACAUGCGGUGUUGCAGACAUGACCAUCAAAUUGUUUGGUGGAAGGUUGACGGACCUUAAAGUGCAAGCCGACUUCAUAUUUGUUGAAGUAAGCAAGAUUCCGCAGAGGUGCAGGUACAAGGUGUUGGAGAGAAAUGGAGUGGUCCACUUUACAACUGCCUUCAAAGGUUGCAAUGUGAAGGCACUGGGUGGGCAAUAUGUCCUGACCCUGAUGUGGCGGAACCACUAUGUGCAUAUGUCCUGUCCAAUUUCUACACCUGAUGGACCUAUUACAAUCUGUGGUAAGAGUAGCAUGACCAUCAAACUCCCAGCAGGACCAAUAGAAGCGCUUCGUGUAAAAAAUAAAUUCAACAAAUGGGUAUCCAUUUAUGAAGUUGCUGUUAAAUGCAAAUAUCAACUGUUGAGUGAUUCAGAGGGAAGGAUCACUUUCACUACUUCCUACAAUGGAUGUCACGUGAGGAGAUUGAUGGAUCGUUAUUUCUAUAACCUCUACUAUCAAAUGGCUCCAGGGAAGCUAGGACAGGCACUCGUGUCUUGUAGGACCGGAAUUAAUGUUACAGUCCCACCUGAAGAGUCUUUGCCUUCUGUGUUUUGUGGCAAGUCUGGCAUGAUGAUCAAAUUGCCUAAAGGAAGUCUUAAUGCAGUCAAAGUGAGAGAUGGUUUUGACAAGGCAAUACCUGUCGGUAGUAUUGCCGAGCAAUGCAAUUAUCAACUCUUUCAAAUGAAGACUGGACACAUCAUCUUGAUUGCUUCCUUCCAAAGCUGUCAAGUUGCAUUUGUGGAUGGUUGCUUUGCCUUGAGCCUCCAAUUCCAGCAUGCUGAUGGUGUAAUGGGAGAGGCGUCUGUGCUUUGCCAUGCGGGUGGGAAGCCAAAACCAACUUCCCAACCCGAGACUCCUACAACUCAAGAAGUAACUUCCAGUAUACUGUCUACAGUAAUUCCUGCAGAUGUGUCUGCUACCAUCUGCAACAAGGAUGGCAUGACAGUAGUGCUACCCAAUGGUCCUUGGUGGGGGAUUAGAGUGAAAGAUCUUUCUGGCAAAGAGAUCACUGUGACUAGUGCUUUGGCAGAACGAUGCCAUUACAAUCUCUCUCUGCAUCUGGAGAAAAUAAUCUUUACAACUACCUACACUGGCUGUUUUGUUGAGGAAGUGGGAGGUCGGUAUGUCCUGACUGUCCUGUACAGGACAGCUACUUGGAAUCGAGGGUCUGUGCGGCUGGAAUGCCCAACCAGUGCUGGAAGCCCUACAGAAUUGCCUCCUCUUCCAGCCACUGUGGGGAAACCCAUUCCUGUCUGCAGGUCCUCUAACAUGACUGUGGUGCUGCCGGCAGGAUCUCUAGAAAAAGUCUUUGUACUAGAUGAAUUCAAGAGGCCAGUAAAAGUCAUUGAUGCGCCCAAGUCAUGCAAUUACAGCUUGGUGGAGAGACGAGGACGGAUCCUCUUCACAGCUCCCUACAGUGCCUGUGAUGUCAAGAUCUUGAAUGGAAACUAUGUCCUGACCAUUAUGUCUACAAGUUAUUCUGGAGGCUUUGCAUCAGUGCAGGUAGAAUGCCCUACCACUGGAGAACCAACAAAACCCCCUCCCUCUACAAAACCCAUUCCUCCAACUCCUGUCUGUGGAGCUUCCAGCAUGAUGGUGGCGCUGCCUGAGGGACCUCUGGAACAAGUCAAGAUAAUGAAUGACUCUAAUGGGCUAUGGGUAGCUGUAAAGGAUGUCCCAAAGAACUGCAACUACACACUGAUGAAGGAAAGAGGAAGAAACCUCUUCAUAACCUCCUACAAGGCCUGUCAUGUCAGGAUACUGAAUAAAAACUAUGUCUUGACUAUAAUCUACACAACUGCAACUGGGAUAAGAGGGAUGGUGCAAAUGACUUGUCCAGCAGUAGAGACAACAACCCAUACUACUAGGACUACAACUAUUAGGAAGCCAGGGACUACUGGGAAACCUACAAAACCAACUCUCCCUCCCACUCCUGUCUGCAAAGCCUCCAGCAUGACUGUAGCCCUGCCCUCUGGGUCACUACAAGUUUUGUUAUUGAAUCUGUCCAACGAAUGGGUAGAUAUCGGUGCUGCUCCCAGUUACUGCAACUACAGUUUGGUGCAGGGAAGAGGCGGCAGAAACUUCUUUACAGCCCCCUACAGGGCUUGUGAUGUCCGGAUACAGAAUGGGAACUACAUGUUGACCUUGCUUUACAUAACUGCUGAUGAUGAACGAGGGUACUUGGACAUUAGAUGUCCCACCACUGGUGGGGAGCCAACAGAGACUACUAGAACCUCUGGUGUGGAGCUGACUGGAACCACUGGUGGGGAGCCAACAGAGACUACUAGAACCUCUGGUGUGGAGCUGACUGGAACCACUGGUGGGGAGCCAACAGAGACUACUAGAACCUCUGGUGUGGAGCUGACUGGAACCACUGGUGGGGAGCCAACAGAGACUACUAGCCCCUCUGGUGGGGAACUGACCGGAACCACUGGUGGAGAAAUUACAACUAUUUGGAAACCUACAAUGCCAACUCUCCCUGACACUGCUCUCUGCAGAGCCUCCAGCAUGACUGUAGAACUGCCCUCUGAGUUGCUUCAAGUUCUAGUAUUGAGUCCAUCCAAUGAAUGGGUAGAUAUCGGUGAUGCUCCCAGUUACUGCAACUACAGUUUGGUGCAGGGAAGAGGCGGCAGGAACUUCUUUACAGCCCCCUACGGGGCUUGUGAUGUCCGGAUACAGGAUGGAAGCUACAUCUUAACAUUACUCUACAUUACCACUGCUAAGGGAGGCUACGUGCACAUGACUUGUCCAAUAAAAACCACUACUAGGGAGCCAACCAAGACUACUAGAACCAGUGCUGGGGAACCAACCAAGACUUCUAGAACCAUCACAACUACCAGAACCACAAUUCUACGGGUGACCAGCACCAGCGGGACGACUACCAGAACCACCAUUGGGGAGCCAACGAAGACUACCGGGACAACCAGCGGGAGGACAAGGACAACCAGCACAACCAGCAGGAAGACCACCAGGACAACCAGCGGGAGGACAAGGACAACCAGCGGGAGGACAAGGACAACCAGCACAACCAGCAGGGAGACAACCAUUGGGGAGCCAACCAGCGGGAGGACCAGGACAACCAGCGGGAGGACCAGGACAACCAGCGGGAGGACCAGAACAACCAGCGGGAAGACAACCAGAACCACCAUUGGGGAGCUGACCAAAACCACCACUGGUGGAGAAAUGACAACUAUUUGGAAACCUACAAUGCCAACUCUCCCUCACACUGCUCUCUGCAGAGCCUCCAGCAUGACUGUAGAACUGCCCUCGGAGUUGCUUCAAGUUCUAGUAUUGAGUCUGUCCAAUGAAUGGGUAGAUAUCGGUGAUGCUCCCAGUUACUGCAAAUACAGUUUAGUGCAGGGAAGAGGCGGCAGGAACUUCUUUACAGCCCCCUACAGAGCUUGUGACGUCCGGAUACAGAAUAAAAACUAUGUCUUGACUAUAAUCUACACAACUGCAACUGGGAUAAGAGGGAUGGUGCAAAUGACUUGUCCAGCAGUAGAGACAACAACCCAUACUACUAGGACUACAACUAUUGGAAAGCCAGGGACUACUGGGAAACCUACAAAACCAACUCUCCCUCCCACUCCUGUCUGCAAAGCCUCCAGCAUGACUGUAGCCCUGCCCUCUGGGUCACUACAAGUUUUGUUAUUGAAUCUGUCCAACGAAUGGGUAGAUAUCGGUGCUGCUCCCAGUUACUGCAACUACAGUUUGGUGCAGGGAAGAGGCGGCAGGAACUUCUUUACAGCCCCCUACAGGGCUUGUGAUGUCCGGAUACAGAAUGGAAACUACAUGUUGACCUUGCUUUACAUAACUGCUGAUGAUGAACGAGGGUACUUGGACAUUAGAUGUCCCACCACUGGUGGGGAGCCAACAGAGACUACUAGAACCUCUGGUGUGGAGCUGACUGGAACCACUGGUGGGGAGCCAACAGAGACUACUAGAACCUCUGGUGGGGAACUGACCGGAACCACUGGUGGAGAAAUGACAACUAUUUGGAAACCUACAAUGCCAACUCUCCCUGACACUGCUCUCUGCAGAGCCUCCAGCAUGACUGUAGAACUGCCCUCGGAGUUGCUUCAAGUUCUAGUAUUGAGUCCAUCCAAUGAAUGGGUAGAUAUCGGUGAUGCUCCCAGUUACUGCAACUACAGUUUGGUGCAGGGAAGAGGCGGCAGGAACUUCUUUACAACCCCCUACAGGGCUUGUGAUGUCCGGAUACAGGAUGGAAGCUACAUCUUAACAUUACUCUACAUUACCACUGCUAAGGGAGGCUACGUGCACAUGACUUGUCCAAUAAAAACCACUACUAGGGAGCCAACCAAGACUACUAGAACCAGCAGGAAGACCACCAGGACAACCAGCAGGAAGACCACCAGCGGGAAGACCAGAACCAGCAGGAAGACAACCAGGACAACCAUUGGGGAGCCAACGAAGACCACCAGGACAACCAGCAGGAAGACCACCAGCGGGAGGACAAGGACAACCAGCAGGAAGCCAACCAGCGGGAGGACAAGGACAACCAGCAGGAAGACCAGCAGUGGGAAGACCACCAGGACAACUAUUGGGGAGCCAACGAAGACCACCAGGACAACCAGCAGGAAGCCAACCAGCGGGAGGACAAGGACAACCAGCAGGAAGCCAACCAGCGGGAGGACAAGGACAACCAGCAGGAAGACCAGCAGUGGGAAGACCACCAGGACAACUAUUGGGGAGCCAACGAAGACCACCAGGACAACCAGCAGGAAGACCACCAGGACAACCAGCAGGAAGACCACCAGCGGGAGGACAAGGACAACCAGCAGGAAGACCACCAGCAGGAGGACAAGGACAACCAGCAGGAAGACCACCAGCAGGAAGACCACCAGGACAACCAUUGGGGAGCCAACGAAGACUACCAGAACCACCAGCGGGAAGACAAGGACAACCAGCAGGAGGACGAGGACAACCAGCAGGAGGACCACCAGCGGGAAGACCACCAGGACAACCAUUGGGGAGCCAACGAAGACUACCAGAACCACCAGUGGGAGGACAAGGACAACCAGCAGGAAGCCAACCAGCGGGAGGACAAGGACAACCAGCAGGAAGACCAGCAGUGGGAAGACCACCAGGACAACUAUUGGGGAGCCAACGAAGACUACCAGGACCACCAGAACCAUUGGGGAGCCAACGAAGACCACCAGGACAACCAGCAGGAAGACCACCAGGACAACCAGCGGGAAGCCAACCAGUGGGAGGACAAGGACAACCAGCAGGAAGACCACCAGGACAACCAGCAGGAAGCCAACCAUUGGGGAGCCAACCAAGACUACCAGAACAACCAGCAGGAAGCCAACCAGCGGGAGGACAAGGACAACCAGAACCACCAUUGGGGAGCUGACCAAAACCACAACUAUUUGGAAACCUACAAUGCCAACUUUCCCUGACACUGCUUUCUGCAGAGCCUCCAGCAUGACUGUAGAACUGCCCUCGGAGUUGCUUCAAGUUCUAGUAUUGAGUCCAUCCAAUGAAUGGGUAGAUAUCGGUGAUGCUCCCAGUUACUGCAACUACAGUUUGGUGCGGGGAGGAGGCAGCAGGAACUUCUUUACAACCCCCUACAGGGCUUGUGAUGUCCAGAUACAGAAUGGAAACUACAUGUUGACCUUGCUUUACAUAACUGCUGCUGAUGAACGAGGGUACUUGGACAUUAGAUGUCCCACCACUGGUGGGGAGCCAACAGAGACUACUAGAACCUCUGGUGGGGAGCUGACCAGAACCACUGGUGGAGAAAUGACAACUAUUUGGAAACCUACAAUGCCAACUCUCCCUGACACUGCUCUCUGCAGAGCCUCCAGCAUGACUGUAGAACUGCCCUCGGAGUUGCUUCAAGUUCUAGUAUUGAGUCCAUCCAAUGAAUGGGUAGAUAUUGGUGAUGCUCCCAGUUACUGCAACUACAGUUUGGUGCAGGGAGGAGGCGGCAGGAACUUCUUUACAGCCCCCUACAGGGCUUGUGAUGUCCGGAUACAGGGUGGAAGCUACAUCUUAACAUUACUCUACAUUACCACUGCUAAGGGAGGCUACGUGCACAUGACUUGUCCAAUAAAAACCACUACUAGGGAGCCAACCAAGACUACUAGAACCAGCAGGAAGACCACCAGGACAACCAGCAGGAAGACCACCAGCGGGAAGACCAGAACCAGCAGGAAGACCACCAGCAGGAAGACCACCAGGACAACCAUUGGGGAGCCAACGAAGACUACCAGAACCACCAGAACAACCAUUGGGGAGCCAACGAAGACCACCAGGACAACCAGCAGGAAGACCACCAGGACAACCAUUGGGGAGCCAACGAAGACUACCGGAACCACCAGCGGGAGGACAAGGACAACCAGCAGGAAGCCAACCAGCGGGAGGACAAGGACAACCAGCAGGAAGACCAGCAGUGGGAAGACCACCAGGACAACUAUUGGGGAGCCAACGAAGACUACCGGAACCACCAGCGGGAGGACAAGGACAACCAGCAGGAAGCCAACCAGCGGGAGGACAAGGACAACCAGCAGGAAGACCAGCAGUGGGAAGACCACCAGGACAACUAUUGGGGAGCCAACGAAGACCACCAGGACAACCAGCAGGAAGACCACCAGGACAACCAUUGGGGAGCCAACGAAGACUACCGGAACCACCAGCGGGAGGACAAGGACAACCAGCAGGAAGCCAACCAGCGGGAGGACAAGGACAACCAGCAGGAAGACCAGCAGUGGGAAGACCACCAGGACAACUAUUGGGGAGCCAACGAAGACCACCAGGACAACCAGCAGGAAGACCACCAGGACAACCAUUGGGGAGCCAACGAAGACUACCGGAACCACCAGCGGGAGGACAAGGACAACCAGCAGGAAGCCAACCAGCGGGAGGACAAGGACAACCAGCAGGAAGACCAGCAGUGGGAAGACCACCAGGACAACUAUUGGGGAGCCAACGAAGACCACCAGGACAACCAGCAGGAAGACCACCAGCGGGAGGACAAGGACAACCAGCAGGAAGACCACCAGCAGGAGGACAAGGACAACCAGCAGGAAGACCACCAGGACAACCAUUGGGGAGCCAACAAAGACUACCAGAACCACCAGCGGGAAGACAAGGACAACCAGCAGGAAGCCAACCAGCGGGAGGACAAGGACAACCAGCAGGAAGACCAGCAGUGGGAAGACCACCAGGACAACUAUUGGGGAGCCAACGAAGACUACCAGGACCACCAGAACCAUUGGGGAGCCAACGAAGACCUCCAGGACAACCAGCAGGAUGACCACCAGGCCAACCAGCGGGAGGACAAGGACAACCAGCAGGAAGACCACCAGGACAACCAGCAGGAAGACAACCAUUGGGGAGCCAACCAAGACUACCAGAACAACCAGCAGGAAGCCAACCAGCGGGAGGACAAGGACAACCAGAACCACCAUUGGGGAGCUGACCAAAACCACAACUAUUUGGAAACCUACAAUGCCAACUUUCCCUGACACUGCUUUCUGCAGAGCCUCCAGCAUGACUGUAGAACUGCCCUCGGAGUUGCUUCAAGUUCUAGUAUUGAGUCCAUCCAAUGAAUGGGUAGAUAUCGGUGAUGCUCCCAGUUACUGCAACUACAGUUUGGUGCGGGGAGGAGGCAGCAGGAACUUCUUUACAACCCCCUACAGGGCUUGUGAUGUCCAGAUACAGGAUGGAAGCUACAUCUUAACCUUACUCUACAUUACCACUGCUAACGGAGGCUACGUGCACAUGAGAUGUCCAAUUCCCACCAGUGGGAAGACUACCAAGACCACCAUUGGGGCGCUGACCAGGACAACCAGAACCACCAGCGGGAGCUUGACCAUAACCAGAACCACCAUUGGGGAGCCAACCAGAACCACCAGCGGGAAGACUACCAAGGCCCCUACAAAUGUGGUCUGCACAGCUUCCAAUAUGGUGGUGGAGCUUCCCAACGAACCUUUAAGACUGGUUAAGGUUCUAGAUAAAUCCAACCAGUGGGUAGCUGUCGUUGAUGCUCCCAAGUACUGCAACUACACCUUGUCUCGGGAAAGGGGAAGGAACUUCUUCAUAACCCCCUACACGGCCUGUGAUGUCAGGAUACUGAAUAACUAUGUUUUGAAAAUAUGGUAUCUGACAACUGGUGGCAAAAAAGGGUAUGUGGUGAUGGAAUGCCCCACCAGUGCUGGAGAACCCACAAAAGCCCCAACUACAACCACUACAUGGGAGCGAACCAAACCGACCAGGACCACCGGAAUCGCUACAAAGACAACCAUGAGAACCACUAGUGGGGAGCCAUCUGUGGUCUGCACAGCCUCUAGUAUGGUGGUGGAGCUGUCCAGGGAACCUCUGGUACUAGUAGAGCUUCUAGAUUAUUCCAACAAAUGGGUAGUUGUCAACAAGGCUCCUGUGUACUGCAACUACACCUUGCUGCAGGGAAGUGGAAGGACCCUUUUCAUAACCCCCUACAAAGCCUGUGAUGUCAGGAUACUGAAUGAGAACUACAUCUUGACCCUCCGCUAUACAACUUCUGGGCAACAAGUUUAUGUUCACAUGAAAUGCCCAACCAGUGCUGCAGCACCCACAAAAACACCUUCCUCUACAACCACUACUAGAAAACCAACAAUACCCACUGUCUGCAAAGCUUCCGUCAUGACAAUAGAGCUGCCUGAAGGACCAAUUAAACAAGUAGCCCUGAUGGAUAAAUCCAACACUCUGGUAACUGUCAAAGAUGAUACCAGAGAGUGUGGCUACAGCUUGGUGCAUGGGAGAGGAAAGAACAUCUUCACAACCCCUUACACAGCCUGUGAUGUGAAGAUGCUGAAUGGGAAUUAUGUCCUGACUCUAGCAUAUGUAACCCUUGCUGGGAGAAGGGUACUGGUGCAGAUGAAAUGUCCAACCAGUGCAGCUUUACCAACAGGGUCGCCGCUCCCUCCCUUUGGGGUUCCUGUCCUCUGCAGUGAUACUUGCAUGACAGUGGAACUUCCUGGUGGACUGCUACAAGAUAUCCAGUUAAUGGAUGAAUCCAACAACUUGGUAGCUGUUACCAGUGCUCCCAAGACUUGUGGCUACAGUUUGGUGAGGGGGAACGGCAAGAACAUCUUGACCGCUCCUUACAAGGCCUGCAAUGUCAAGAUACUGAACAACGUCUACAUCCUGAGAGUCCUUUACACAACUCUUACUGGGGAGCGAGGAGAUAUACAGGCCAAGUGUCCUGUUCCUGGUCUAGUACCACGUGAGGGGUGCAAGAUACCAAGAAGUCAGCAGGUUGCUUGUGGUCCACCUAAUGCUGAUCUACAACUGUGUGUGGCCAAUGGAUGUUGUGUGGAUGCAACAACUUCCCAGUGUUACUAUCCUUUGGAUGCGUGCGCUGCAGAUGGCCAUUUUGUAUUCUCUGUAUAUCGCACCUCAACCAAGCCAGAAAUCGAUCCUGGCAGUCUAGUAAUUGCAGGAAACCAAUCAUGUGCCCCAGUCAUCUGUACGCCAGACUUUGCUAUCUUCAAAUUUCCUGUGACUGGCUGUGGGACACAUGUCUUUACGGUGGCAGAGACUACAAUCUAUCUUGCUGAAGUUCAUGGCUUGGUUAGGGGGAACGAGCAGGUGUAUGGACUAAUUACCAGAGAUGGCCCUUUUCGUUUAUAUGUGGAAUGUCGCUAUUCUAAAGGAAGUUUGGCCAGCACUGGUUACUUGGUGGUGAACCCACCGCCUCCAUCAGCAGCCUUGGCUUUUGGCUCCCUUGGGGUUCGGUUAAGGAUUGCCACAGACACCAGCUACACCAGCUUCUACCCACAGUCCCAUCUGCCCCUGAGCUUCUUGCUUGGCAGCAAGGUGUAUCUGGAAGUGCAGCUUGUAAACCCUCCUAACCCCAAUGUAGUUCUGCUGGUCCACUACUGCAUCGCCUAUCCCCAGUCCUCUCAAGCUGCCUGGGUGAUCCUCUAUGAAGGUUGUCCCAACAUCCUGGAUUACAGCAGUGCUGCUGGCCUCCAUGUGAAAUACAAUAACAUGCCUGUAUCCAAGCACACUCGACGCUUUGAAAUACAAAGCUUCCAGUUCCUGGACUACAAGACCAAGCAGCAUUUGGAUGAGGAAAUCUAUUUUAUGUGUUCAACUGAAGUCUGUUCUCCUGAACGCCGUGUUUGUAAUGAAGGAUGCUUUGAUGGGAGAGAUAUGCCUGUUCCAGUGGAUCUUGGUGUGGGAGGGCGCUGUGCAGGAAAGCCCUGUCCUGGGAAAUCAAACGUAGUCAAGCGAGCUGCUUCUGGUCAUACCAGCCUCAUCGCUGGCGGUGAAGGAACCUUCAUUUUGGAUGAGAAUGUGCCCCAUUAACAAAUGGAGAAGCACUGGCUGCACUUCCAUGGUCUCCUGGGGCUGCUUGGUUUGCUGGUCUUGGUAUCUGUUAUAAUGCUCUUCCUCAAAAAAAAAAAAAAAGGGUUGUCUUGCAAAUUGUCAG